CACACGCAAAUUUGUGCAUAGACGAUCUUUGCUCUGGGGUUGAGACGUUAGCUUCCUGUCGUCUGUGUUACUCCAUCCUUGACUAGAAGCAACCAUGGCGCCAGGCCUACCCGGUGUCGUCUUCUUGACCCUACUAUGUGCCGCUCUGCCUAUCUGCGUGUCUUCGGACGAUAAACACUGUCUGGCCUACACCGACUCAUUCAACCAGUAUCACCCAUAUGAGCGAUGUGUCCGAGGAUUCUGCUGUGGUACCUGCGAUUCCAAACGGUGCUGUAGUGAUAGUGUUUGGCGCUUUACGGAGGAUAGCCAAGAAGCAUGUGAAUACCGUACAGGAUCAGACUUCAUGGAAUCCUCCUCCAUGUUGGGUUCCGUGAUCGGCGGCGCCAUCUUAGUGGUCGUGGUGCUCAUCAUCUGCUGCGUUUGUCCCUGCUGUUGCCUGUACAAGGUGUGCCGCAAGCCGCGACCGGUAAUCGCGACCACCACUCACACCACCGUUGUGACCAACACCCCUCAGCAUUACCCUCAGCAACCAACGAUGUCGCCCGGGCAACCACAGCCCUACCAGGGGACCCCUUAUCCAGCCUACCAGCCUGUACCAAUGCAGGUGGGAUAUGGAGGCCAGCCCAUGCCACCUCAGGGAUACCCACCGCAGCCCAUGCCCGCUAUGCCCCAUCCAGGGCAGCCUUACACACCGGGACCACCGCCAACCUAUCAGGAAGCCACCGGCCCGGCCUACCCUCCCAACCCGAUGCCUUACAGCCAGGCCGCAUUCACCCCUGGCCAGCCGUCCUACCCUUUGCAACCCCCCGUGCAGCCGCAGGCCAACGCUCCAGCAGCCCAGAUGGACUACUUGGCUCAGCCGGCGUACAACCCAGAUUUUGUCUCUCCGCCACCCAAGAUGGGAUAACUGGCACGUCCAGUUUGCUGCAGCAUCUUCAAAGAGUUUUUCUUUUCUUGCUUUUUUUAUCAUCCACCCAGGCCAUUUCUAUACACACUCAAUGCACAGAAGGUCCGUGCAUGCUUUUUUUGUGAAGAGAUGUUUGCCUUGCAGUUCUCAGGAAGCAAAUCCACAUUUCCUUCCUAAUCUUUUUUUUUCUUCGUUCCUUGAACCUGCCGCAGAUCCUUAGUGAGCUACUGCAGCUUGAACUAUCUCAUUCAUCUUCUGCCACGUUUGAUUACUUCAGUGUGAAAAUUGGACACGUUUUUGUAGUGUUCUCUCGUGCUGACGUUGUUACUGCAUUUUAGCAUUGUUUCGCGUUCUUAUCAUUAGCUGCUUCUGUCGUCUGCCAGUACUAUUACAACAUGUAACCACAGAUAAAGUUCUUUACGUGUGCGUGCGUGUGUGUGGGUGUGUGUAUAAUUGUUGUAAUGCGUUUUUGUGGCAGUUGUCAUAUAUGGCCUUGGCACUCAGCGGGUUUUUCAAAGUGUGGGACAGUGAGACUUACUUUACAGGACAUAAAACUAUUGUGUUGCGUACAUUAAAGUAUAACAAAAUGUAAAAAUCUUGGUGUUCAAAAUGCUGUGUGAUAACUCGGCAAGAAACAGUAUUAUGAGAUAUUUGCAACCUGUAUGACACUUAAACCUAACUUUUAGAUACGUGUCGCAAGGCGUGAGUGAAAUUUCAAGUCGUUGCAUUUUUGCACAAACUAAAAGGGAUUUUGAGGGCGCACUUUUCACAUCCCAUUCCGCAAGCCGCAAAUUUAUAGAGCAUCAUCCUGGUUCUGUUACCUUCUAUGGCGUAUUAGCUAAACGAGUUGUCAAUGCCACUGCAUAAAUUCCAGCGUGAAAUUAACACCAGUUUAGAUAAGCAUUGUAUUUCAGUCCUUUUUAUAUAUCAUUUAUUUUACCCUCGCAACGUAGGAACACAAAAAAUCCUUUCUCUUUGUCUUUAACAAAUCUUAACAGCUGUCCCUUAAUUUUUCUCAAGCUGCUGCGUAUACCUUAAAGUAAAGUAGCGCGCUCACACUUUGAAAUGUGCCACACCUGACCAAAAGAAGUGUCUCUUGGAAAAAUAGUGCUCGGUUGAUUGUGGGGUGGGAGAAAAGUUCAAAGUGUAUUUUUUGUUUUUAUUUGGACAAUGUGGGAAAUAUUUGUUGCGGAGUGAGAACUCCCAGGCUAAAAGGGAAUGUUUGUUCUGAGCGAGCUGGCCAUUGUGUGUGAACUUGAUAACUUGGAUUUCUAUUCAUGUCCUCAAUAAGCUUUUCUUUCUUUCUUUCUUUCUUUCUUUCUUUCUUUCUUUCUUUCUUUCUUUCUUUCUUUUGUGUGUGCCACUGUAGGAUGUUUUAAUUGUUCCAAAUGUGGAUGCAAAUGUACCAAUGCAUUAGUUGCAAAGUAACCAAAGUUUUUUUUUCUUCUUGAUUUACUGACUCGCAACUGCUGUGCCUUCUUUAUCCACCUAACAUCCAAAACAAUUUUGAAUAUUUUGUGACAUUAACUUGGUCAAUAUCGAAACAUUUCAGCUGCGAUGUGAGACAAGACUUUGGCAACUUGCUUGUGACUCAACACCUUGUUUCGCGUUUCUGAAAAAAAAAAUGUUUAGCUUAUGCUAUAAAACUAACCAUCUGGAUUCAGUGCAUCUUUCUUGUGCUCAGCAUUGAAUUGCCUCGUUUCUUUCCUCUUUGACUUGAAAUACUUGUGCUCAAGUGACCUUUUUGCAAACCCGGCUGGGCCUUUGUCAAAAUCCAAUGCAACCCAAGCGCCACAGAGCUUUGCAAUUUCCUCCUUUUUAUUUAGAUUUUAGUAGGUGUUCCCCAUUCCAUCACGCUGUGUGAUUUGUGUGCCAUGCGUACGGAUUGCUCCAAGUUUCGUCCUGUCAAAUGUGACCACAUGCCAGCUCAAUAAAUUAGAACUUCGCCUUGUACUGUA